UAACUGUACAAAACAUUGUCGUAAAAAAGUAAUUUGUUAUCUUUCUUUCACGGUUUCACCAAUUAGUAAGUUUAAGGAUCUGAAUCGGAGCAGAGAGAGACGCCUGCGGGUUUGGGCAGUGAGACUGAGACGUUGAGAAUCGCGGAAUGCCUCUGAAGCCAUCGUAUUCGUCGGAGAAUCUGAUGCUUCCGGUGUCGGAUCCUCCGAACGACGAAGACCGAGAGUGGCUUUUGAAAGCCGAUAAUUACAAGACCUUCCAAACACGAAGGAUUUAUGCUGCCAUCUCUUAUAUGUCAUGUGCAGUGCUCUUGGUGCUGUUCAAUAAAGCCGCUCUUUCGUCUUAUCACUUCCCAUCUGCAAGCGUCAUCACGCUUCUUCAGAUGGUAUGCUCAUGUUGUUUUCUUUAUGUAUUGAGGCGCUGGAGGAUAAUUUCUUUCAUAGCAGGCGAAUCAGUAAUUAUGUCAGAUAACUCAAAAGGAUUUGUGCCACUGAAGACUUUGAAGCAUACCCUUCCUCUGGCAGGAGCAUAUUUACUUUACAUGCUAGUUACCAUGGAGUCUGUUCGUGGAGUAAAUGUUCCUAUGUACACCACCCUUAGGAGGACCACGGUGGUAUUUACAAUGCUUGUAGAAUAUAUGCUGGUGGGGCAGAGGUACUCACCUUCUGUCAUUUUCAGUGUUGGCUUGAUUGUCUUCGGUGCAUUUGUUGCGGGAGCACGGGAUUUAUCCUUUGAUGCCCAUGGCUAUGCCAUUGUUUUCCUGUCAAACAUCACCACAGCUAUAUAUCUUGCAACCAUAGCCCGUGUUGGCAAAACUAGUGGCCUUAAUAGCUUUGGCCUUAUGUGGUGCAAUGGUGUCACAUGUGGGCCCUUUUUGUUUAUCUGGACAUUAGUUCGGGGUGACGUGAAGAUGACAAUCAAUUCUCCUUACCUUCUUUCACCUGGUUUUAUUGUUGUUUUGCUUUUUUCCUGCAUCCUUGCUUUCUUCCUGAAUUACAGUAUUUUUCUGAACACAACUCUCAAUUCAGCUCUGGCACAGACAAUAUGUGGUAAUCUUAAGGAUCUAUUUACUAUUGGCUUUGGCUGGAUAAUUUUUGGUGGGCUACCAUUUGAUUUUUGGAAUGUAGUAGGACAACUUCUGGGUUUUGCGGGCUCUGGUUUAUAUGCCUACUAUAAGCUCAUCGGCAGAUAACUCACUGCGUUUGAUGUCUUUAUGGAUUUCGGACUACCAUUGCUUCGGUCAUCUGACCUUCACUACAUCAAGGAGAAGAAUCUGAAUUGACCAUAAUGUCGAACAAGUGAUCAAGCUAAUCUAAUUUAUUAGUAUAUUUUGAUGAGUCAGAAGUUGACAUUAAUACAUAAUCUCGUGGCUUUAGUAUAUUCAACCUGCUUUUGAUCUAGCAAUGAGUUCACCUAGCGUAUUCGAUGAAUCCAUUGCACCCCUCUCCCUAUCUUGGGGAUAGAGGUUUCUGGACUUUCCAUGUAUUUAUUCAUUUUACUUUUGGGAGUUUGAAGACGUGACAAGGAAGGGAGAGAGGGCAAGCUCAACAGUUUUUGCGGUUCGAUUUUAGGAUAAAGAUAUCUCUUUCUGUAUUCCUGUCAACUAGUAUGUAGUAUUUCUUUUGAAUGGAGCCAUUGGGUGCUAGAGAAAGUAGAAAAUGAUCACAAAAUUUGAUUCAGAGUCAGAAAGAGUCAGGAGGAAGAGUUGUAAAAUCCCAAAAUAUAAACUGUGGUACUAAGGAAAAAGAAAGUUAGAAAUGAUCAAUGAAUAUUUAACUAUUGGAUUUUAUAUGAAUAGUUAAAAGUGAGAUAAAUAUACACGACUCUUGGUCAUGUAAUUAUUAUUUUAUUUUAA